AUGCGUCUUUCGUUGGAUAUACUAGGUCUUCCGACUUCGAUUCUUUUAUUGCUUGUGUCGCAGACGGAUCCAGUACAGGCUGUUGAUGAUGAUAAUCGAUUACUGGUUCAAUGGCCUCGCGAUCUUGCGGUACACGUUAAAUAUUGGUUUUAUGGAUCUGCGAGUGCGCGUGCGAGUGCGAAAAGAGAUGGGGGAUUGGAAGAGGAUGGGAUAGUGGUUGUUGAAAGUCCAGUUGGGAUAUUGAAAAUGAGUGAAGACGAGGGGGAGAAGUUCUUUACGGAAUAUUGGCGAUUUGGGGGAGAGGAUUCGCAAUCGAGUUUGAAUGGGAGGGAUGGUUUUCUGCGGCAAAGAGAUUUGAAGGAGGAGGCUAGAUCACUUGCUAAUUCGUCAAUUCCAUUAUCUUUUCGAGCACCAUUCGCAUUACAUACGGACGAUCGUUCAGGACCUUUGGAUUAUGAAGAGAUACGAGCUCGUGGAAAGGAUUCAGCUGCUAUAUUGGCUAUACUGGAGAAGAGAGACUUUCAAUGUCCUACAGGAACAUCGAAUUGUUCAUCAAUCGGAUAUCCAAAUAGUUGUUGCGCCACAGAUGAGAUUUGUUUUCAAAUUACAGAUACUGGAUUAGGACCUGUUGGAUGUUGUCCUAGUGGGGGAAACUGUGGAGGUUCAAUCACGAAUUGCGCAUCACCAAAUACACCUUGUUCGGAUGAUAUAGGAGGAGGUUGUUGCAUACCAAAUUAUGUAUGUGCUUCAGUUGGUUGUGUUAUAAAUCCGUCACUUGUGGUAGUUAUUACUACAACCAAAACUUUGACCGUUAUUUCAUCAACUCCAACGACUACCACCCAAACAUCUACGAUUACUAGUACAAGGUCUUCAUUAUCUAGUACCUCAAGCAUAUUUAGUACCUCUUCUCAAAUUUCGACGUCAAUUGUGAGCACAACUACAACCACAUCAGCCUCAGGAAUUGUUCCCGUUCGACCUACAGGUGAAACAACAACCACAACAACCGAAUCCACUUCAACAGCCACUGAAGAUACAUGUCCAACAGGAUUCUAUGCCUGUUCAGCCCACUAUCAAGGAGGAUGUUGUAGAACAGGCAGGAAUUGCGAUACAACAUCAUGUCCAGCUACAUCAUCAACUACAAUAAUCAGUAGUGGAAUAACAGUAGUAGUUCCAGUUGGAUUAGCCGCAACAACAACUUCUACAACAGGAAUAUGUGCUAACGGUUGGACAACUUGUCCAGCAAGUGUAGGUGGCAAUUGUUGUCCAAGUGGUUGGGCUUGUGGUACGGCUAGUUGUGAGAGUGUGCAGACACAGGCUAGUGCGACGACUACGGAGGUGAUUCAGAAGGAAAUUCCGGGGAUGAGUGGGAGGAUUGGAGGGGAGAGGGGGGGGAUGUUGGGGUUGGUGGGGAUAUUGGUUGGAUGGUUGGUUUUGUGA